UAUGGUAAGAAGAACAAGUCUUAUUGCAUACUUUGGUAAAUCCAUAGUUUCCUGAUCCUUCUUGAGAGUUAUUGUGAUACAUAAAAUAACCUUAACAUUUUAUUAAUGAUUAGUUUUUUUUUUCAUUUCAAAAGAGGCUAUAAUUUUAAACAAACUCCUUUAAAGAAAUACCUUUUGAUAUGUCUAUGCCUACAUAUUGACAGAAAUGAUUGUCAAGGUAUUGUCAUGUUACGCGUCCGAAAUGUUUACUGAAUGGUUAUACGAGUUGUGUUAUUGAGAAUUUAAUAAAAAAUAUGUAAAACGCUAUAAAAACGCCGUAUUGUUAAAGAUAUUAUUUGUUUGUAAUACCAGUCAAGAGAUUUUCCCCUGCUGGGUGAAGCCUUGUGCAUAUAUCACCACGCUGGCGUACUUUUAGCGAUUCCAGAUCUCAAUAGUGGAAAUCUAUGGCUGUUUGUAUGUGUCAUGUUUUCGUUCAUCGUUUCCUAGAGAUUUCUCUCAGAAACAUUUAAUUUCACAUAGCAUUUUGCUAACUAACUUUCAAGGGAGUUGUAGCUUACUCCGUACUCAAAUACAUAAUUGGUUUUACUAUAACCCAUGUAUAAUUGAAGAAGUUUUUCAUAUAUUGUAGGGGUCACAAACCAAAGACUGUGACAGCUGAAUUCGGUGAGACUUAACGUCGCCCCUGACGCUCAAAACAUGAGAAGAGAAGAAAACAUGAGAAGAAGAACAAGAAAACUGUUAAAAAUGAUACUAAUUAUGCUAAUUGAGUGAACCCAAUGAAGUAGUAGGAGCGUCGUGUGGAUAAAACGUUAUGCUAAGUUAAAGAUAUGCCUACUGCAUUUCACUGGGUAUCAGUUCUUUUGCAACCUUAACGCAUCGAGCUAAUGUUUUCAAAAGGCUAAUUGCAAUUGUAUUUUUUACUGAACAAAAAGAAUUUAAUAGGUAACGCGUAAAAUCGUUUCAAGUUAAUUAUAAAUUAGUCUAAAGCGUAGUUUACAAUAUCAGUCAGCUUUUUCCUGUUUAUAACUGUACUAAGUAUAGUAGGCAUCUACUCAGCUUACGCACAUGUGGGUGAACUAGGCUCCAGUAUUUCUUGCGGUCUCGAACGAUGUUCGCGUAUAUUGUGUUUACCUUGUUAAUUAAGGUUUAAAUUCGUUACAAUAAACCAGAGAAUACGUCCAGAUAUAGUUAUACUGAAAAUAAUAGUCUUGCUUCAUAAGUCACCGCUAAAUUAGAAUGAUCCAGCAGUUUCUUUACGUCUAUACAACCAAACUUUAAAGUGAAUGCACAAUGUUUGAGAACGCUGACAAUGGCCUUGUGCUAUUGUCUGUUAACAGUUUUUUUUGUUUUUUAAAAAUACCGACUCUACUUACGAUCUCCUCAACACACUGAACUGAAUUAGAUGAUAACGACUAACAAUGUCCAUUGUACAUUCGCAGUAGUAACUCCAUCUGCAGCAAGUUCAAUUGUUUAUUUAUUGAACAUUGUGUAGGUACCUAUAGUAUAAAUAAUGGAAUGAGGAACGCGUACCCGCAGUCUCCAGUGUUAAAACUGACAACAAAUACACACGUCUCGUAUAACCAGUCGCAACUCGGCCGGUUCCGCGAUAAGGUUCGUUGUCGAUAGCGCACAAUCGGCGCACACGGCGACCGACAUUAAUUUUACGGGAAGUUUGCGUUACUCAUUAUCGGCGUAAGGAGCGAUAAUCCGUGUUUGUGAAGCGCCGGCUGAGGCCCGCGCCCCGCUCCCGCCGGAGCCCGGCAGUGUCUGUCCGAGCCGCGCUCCGCAUCCGCCACGCGCUGAUCAAUAAGGAAUAAUGAGUCAACGGGACCCCCGGCGCCGGACAUAUUGCGUCAUAGUACAUAGUGUUUGUGUUCCUGUGCCAUCCAUAUCCAGUGUUAGUGCAGUGGAACCGCCAAGUGAUGUCAUCCGUGCAGUUCAACUUCCCUCCGGAGAGCUACUCCGCCGUGUACACCAGUGAUGGAACAACAAAUGCGAAUGUUGUGGGGAAAUGUAACGUCAGUGAGUCGUGCGAGGUGUCGGGGACGCCGACGAGCAUCGUGCACACGCCACCCUCAUCGUUGUUCAGCUGUUUCCACUGUGCCUUCCAAAAUGGAAUCAACUUCACACGAAAAGAAAAACGACGGAAAGAAAACCACACGAAUCAUAAGGUCGCAGUACCUGGUAAAGAGGAGAAACGCUGGCGUAACAAAGAUGAAGGUGCGCUUUUCAAACGUUGGGGGCGUAACGCCUCCCCCGUUGAAGCCACCUCCACGCCAGCGCCCACUGCGCCCGCUUCACAACCCUCCGAGCUUCUCAAGUUCCUAGCUAUUAAUGCAUUGGAAUUAUCUGCCCCUGCAUCUGAUGCGCUGCUAAAAUCGCGCUCAUCAGAAUGGUUCCAGCUGGCUGGCCCUGGCUCGCUGGCCCUGGCCGCCCGGCCCCGCACGGUGUGGAAGCGCCGCGCUGCUGGCGACCACCCGGCCCACAACCCGAGCGCGACGCCUACGAGGCGCUCGCCGCCUGCCC